CCGCGGCCUGUGGAAGCGCCGCGCUCCGCUCCGCGCCGGCCGCUCGCGGCGCCGCCAUGUACCCGGCCUGGGGCCUCUACGGGGCGGCGGGGCACUACCCGCCGCCGCCCACCUCCAUCCCGCCGCCGCCGCUCCCCAUGCCUCCGCCCAGCGUGCCGCCGCCCGCCGUGCCGCCGAUGCCGCUGCCCGGCUACCCGCCGCCGGGCCCCGCGCCCCCCGCCGCCGCUCCGCCGCCGCCGCCGCCGCCCAGCGGCACGUCGGGCUUCCUGAGCCUGCAGGAGCAGCACCUGGCCCAGCUGCAGCAGCUCCAGCAGAUGCACCAGAAGCAGCUGCAGUCCGUGCUGCUGGGGCCGCCGCCGCCUCCGGGGCCGCCCCCUCCGGGUCUGCCCCCGCCGCCGCUGCCCGGCUCCUUCCCGGACUGGCAGCAGCCUCCUCCCGCCGUGCCGCCGCCGCCGGUGCGCAGCUACCAGAAGCAGUUUUCGCACCGCGAGCCGCCCCCCAACGCCCGCAAGCCGCCCCCCAACGCCGCUUCCCGGGAGCGCGACGGCGCGGAGCCGCCCGCCGGGCACGGCGAGUGGGGCGAGCCCGCGCCUUCCGAGCCCGUGCCCAUGGACAUGGAGCUGUCGUCGCCGCCGCAGUCCCCGCAGCCCGCCGCGCAGCCCUACCUGUCCUCGCAGCCCUACCUGCCGCCGCCCGCCUCCUCCCCGCCGCCGCAGCCCUACCUGCCCCGCCCGCAGGCCUCGCAGCCGCCGCCCGCCUUCUCCGAGCCGCCCCCCUCCUACCUGGAGCCCCCCCCGAGCGGCGCCGCGCCGCCCUUCCUGCCGCCCCCCGCGCAGCCCUACCUGCCCCCUCCGCAGCCCUACCUGCUGCCCGCUCAGGCCUCUCCCUCGCAGCCCGCUCCGCCCGGCCCCGCCGCCAAGGCCGCCCAGCCCCGCUUCGCGCCCCAGCCCGCCGCCCUGCCCGAGGGGGGCGCGGAGGGAGGCGCGGAGCAGCGAGGCACCCCGCAGCCCGACCCUGCCACAAUGACGCCCCAGGAACAGCAGCAAUACUGGUACCAGCAGCACUUGCUUAGUCUACAGCAAAGAGCAAAAGCCCAUGCUCAGGGACAGCAGCAAAUGAAAGGCCCGGGAGUAGGGAAGGAUUCAUCUGAACAGAGAGCAAAGUCUGAAGAAGGGAAAGUGAGUGCUUCAACUACACAGUCUGAACCUCCUCCACUUAAUGAAUCCUUGCCUCCAGCAUCUAAGGAAGAUGAAUCUUCUCUUACAUCCACUGAAACUCAGCUUAAUAUUGAUCCUCCUGAUGACCCUGAGGAAGAUUUGAGAUUGCAGCAGUUGCAAGCAGCAGCAGCUCAAUGGCAGCAGCAUCCCCAUCACCGAGUUGGAUUUCAGUACCAGAGAAUAAUGCAGAAGCAUGCCCAGCUGCAGCAGAUAGUGCAGCAGUAUCAACAGAUCAUGCAACAGCCUCCACAUCUACAGACAAUGUCUGUGGAGAUGCAGCUGCGGCAUUAUGAAACACAGCAGAAACAGUUCCAGCAGCUUCAUAAAGACUGGGAGAGAUCAAUGAACCAACAGUGGCAGCAUCAGCUUCAAACAUAUCCUCAUAAAGACCAGCUUCAGGAGUAUGAGAAACAGUGGAAAGCAUGGGAUGAGCAGAUGAAGGUUACUCAGUCCCAUCUGCAGGAGAAAGUGAGCUCGCUUCAAAAUUUGAAGAAUCAGUAUCCUGCAAAUGUUUCGCUUCCACCUCCAUUUGUUCCAUAUUCCCAAUCUUCUCAGGGUGGCAUUCCUGUUAUGCCUCCAAAUUUGCCUUCAACUACGCCUCCACUGGUUCCCCCUCCUCUAUCUUCUGUAUCUCAGUUAUCCAACUCCUCUGUCCCUUCAGGAUCCAGUUCUCAAAGCAGUCAAUCUACUGAAACUCCAAGGCCAGCUCUGCUUCCCACUCCUGGUACCUAUGCAUCAAAAAUAUCUAGUUCACCUGUGUAUUCAGCUUACCAUUCUCAAGGAAGUUCAUCCUUCAGCUCUUCAGAACAUGGAAAGUCUCAAGUUCACCAUAAUAAACAAACAGAGCAAGGAUGUGGGGAGCUGAAAACCCCUUCUUCAUUGUCUUCAACAUACACACCUACCAUGCAGGAUAAACCAGUGAGAUCAGGCGGAUUGCUUCCAGAUCCUCCCAGAUCAGCACGUUUUGAAGGCCCCAGAGGUCCUCGAUUUGAUGGACCUCGAGGAAGAGGAGGAUAUGACAAAUUUGAAGGCUCAAGACCAAGAGGGCCACGUUUUGACUCCCAGCGCCCAGAAGGACACAGGUCACGUUUUGACCGACAGAAUACUGAUGGACAGCAUACGAGUAGAUGGGGCAAUAUCCCACGUGGACCAGCAGGACAGUUUUAUACUUCCCAAAAUACAUCACAUCCACAUGGUUCUCGACCUGGUGGUCCACGGUGGAGGGGGCCUAGGCCUCAUUUAGGACAGCAGCAGGCACAAACAGACUCAAGACCAGAAAACAAAGAGCCUUUUACAGAGGUAGCUGGUGAUCAGCAGACUGUAAGUGGAACACAGUCUCCUCCUGAUGUGAAAAGUACCAGUUCUGUUGAGCCAAAUGAAGACCUGGCCAACACUCAACAGGAACCAUCCAAAGCUGAAGUCAAAGAAACCACUUCAGACCCUCCUAAAAAGUGGACGUGGAGUUCACAUGAUCCUAACGAGCAAGUAGAAGAGUCUAAAGCAAGUACUUCACCUACUCCAAACCAGAAUUCAACAUCCCUUUCUAGUAACUCUGUAGCUUUGCAGUCAGGUGUUGCAAGGACAGGAGAUGCAGAAACCCCUGUAACAGGAAAUGAGGAUCUGGAUUCCACGGACAGUCAGUUGCUUGAUUCAGAUAGUUCCCAGGGCUUACCUGGGCCAGAAGGCAGAGGGAAAGGGUCUUUUAUGCAUGAAGAUAGAGGUAAGGGGCAUAUAAACAGAGGAAGAGGACAGGGUAGAGGACAGGGAGAUGGCCGUGGCUGGGGAAUGGGCCGUGGCAGAGGCAUGGGCAGGAUGGACGGCCGAGGAAUGGGCAGGAUGGAUGGCGGUCGGGGAAUGGGAAGAAUGGACGGUGGCUGGGGAAUGGGCAGGAUGGAUGAUGGCCAUGGCUGGGGAAUGGGCAGGAUGGACGAUGGCCGUGGCAGAGGAUAUGUCUACAGAGGCAGAGGGCAGGCUAGGCAGGCAUCUAUCCGUGGCAGGGGCAUGUUCAGGAGAGCAGGCAGCAGGGAAAGGAUGCCAGAUGGGCAGUCAGGGAGCAGGGAGAGAAUGCCAGAUGGACGAUCUGGCAGCCGAGAGAGGACAAUGGGCGGCCAAUCUGAUAGCCGGGAGAGGGUGAUGUCUAGCCGAGACAGAGAGCUAGCUGGGCGGCCAGGCAGCCGGGACAGGGGACAGCGGGCAGGCAGCCGAGAAAGAGGCCCUGUCAGGCGGGCGGGCAGCAGGGAGAGGGAGCCCAUGCGGAGGGCGGGCAGUAGGGAGAGGGAGCCCAUGCGGAGGGCAGGCAGCAGGGAAAGAGUCCCUGUCAGACGGGCAGGCAGCAGGGAGAGGGUCCCUGUCAGGAGAGCAGGGAGUCGUGAGAGAGGUCCUGUCAGGAGAGCGGGUAGUCGUGAGAGAGGUCCUGUCAGGAGGGCGGAUAGCCGGGAGAGGGAAGCAGGAGGCAAUAUGGAUAAACCAACUCACCUAGGAGAUGACCCUGAGAACAUGCCUCCUUAUCAUCGAGAUGAGGCACUCAGGGGUUCUUGGAGUCAUGAGGAUGAGAGAAUACAUGAGGAAUUUCCUUUGGAUAGUAGAGAUGACCCUUCAAUGGAACAUGAGCAUUUGGAUGACUGGGAAAGAGAACGAUACUGGAGAGAUCAUAACUCUGAUUAUCAGGAUGAUUCUGUAGAUCCCUAUGAUAGAGAUGACAGGAUGCCAUCUCACCACUCGAUGCCUCCGUUAUCUCCACUACCAGCACUACCUCAUUUAUCAUCUGAUCAUGACAGACGAGAUUCAUGGUGGGAUGACUGGAAAAGGCCAAGGGAGAGGGAACUAGAGAGAGAUCUAGAUAGAACUGGGAGAUCCUCAGACGUUUAUGAUCAAGAUUUGGACAGAGAAUGGGAUAAUAGAGACUGGGACAUGAGACCUAUGGAUGACAGAGAAAUGGGGAAUCGUGACCUGGAUAUUCCCCCACUACCACCACUACCACCCCUUCCACCUAUGGACAGAUACCGUGAAGACAGGUGGAGAGACGAUAGGAAUAGAGACCAUUAUGACAGAGACCUCCGAGACAGAGGUGAGCUAAGAAUUCGAGAGUAUCCAGAGAGAUACGACACAUGGCGGGAGAAACAAGACUUUGGUCCUGAAAGGAAUGAUUGGGAGAGGGAACGGUUGUCAGAUAGGUGGUAUCCAGAUGAUGGAGACAGAGUACGAUCUUUGGAUGGUCAGCUGGAUUCAUCCCUUCUUCCACCUUCACAUUCCUCUGAUAUGCUGGGAACAGAUUCCAGUCUGGACUCAGAACAGUCCUUGGGGGGAGUGAUGGUCCUGAGCCAAAGACAGCAUGAAAUAAUUCUGAAAGCUGCCCAGGAGCUCAAAAUGCUUCGAGAGCAAAAAGAACAGCUGCAAAAGUUGAAAGAGUUUAAACCUGACAUUUCCACGCAGGACUCUCCAAGACCACAGAACACAGGCACAAGGCCAGGUGCCUUUCAGGUCUCUUCUCAGCUAUCUUCAGAGGCACCAUUAGAAGCCCAAGCUAUUAAACCUUCUCCUGCUGUUAUUAUAAAGCCUCCCGUGUUGUUCAGACAGCCCACCCCUGUGACAAGACCACCUGCCCCACUGACAAGGCCUGCUACAGCUAUGACAAGGCCACAUACUCCAGUUUCUACUCCAACUACAACCCCAAGUCAUGGUCAGUCUUUAAAACCAUCACCUUCUGCUGUGGAACAGGAACGCUGGGAUGAGGAUUCUUUCCACGGACUCUGGGACACAAAUGAAGAUAAAGGAGCAAAUAUGGAAUAUGAUUUACGUAAACAGGAGUCAAUGAUGCCUCCACCAGUAUCCUCGCCUGUGAAAGUACCUGCUGUUCACACCUCUGUUCCAUCAUCUGUACCAGGAGCACUGCCUCCUGUUAUUCCACCGGUUCCUAAACCACCUGUAAUUCAGCAAACUGUGGAUUAUGGCCAUGGACGAGAUAUAACCACCAGUAAAGUGGAACAGAUUCCAUAUGGGGAGAGGGUAACUCUGCGUCCAGAACCUCUGCCAGAGAGGCAAACAUUUCAAAAAGAGCACCCUGGUCGUUACAACAGAGAAAGAGACCGUGAACCCUAUUUUGAGCGUCAGGGCAACUCAAAUGUGGAUCACAGGGAUUUCAAGAGAGAACGUGAAUUACACAGAGACCGUGGUUCUGUGGACUAUGACCGAGAGAGAUUUGAAAAAGAGCGUCAUCCCCGGGAUGAUAGGGUUCUUCCUACUCCGCCUUCAAGGACUCCAUCUUACCGUGACAAGAAAGACCAUCCCUCCGCCAGGAGGGGUGGAUUUGACAGACCACAAUAUGAAAGAAAGACAGAUCGUCCAGCGUAUGAUCAUGGGCCAUCUAUGUUUGGAGAAAAUUCUUCUGUCCAAUCACUGGAAUUUGAAGGUGAUCGUAGAAAUUACCCUGAGGAAAGGAUUCCUAUUUCUGCUCCGUCAAUGCCCCGUCAGCCACCACCUGCUCCGCGAGUGGAAAGGAAGCCAGAGUCUAAAAAUGUAGAUGAUAUUUUGAAGCCACCAGGACGAGAUAGCAGGCCAGAGAGGAUUGUAAUCAUCAUGAGAGGGUUGCCUGGCAGUGGAAAGACACAUGUAGCAAAACUCAUCAGGGAUAAGGAAGUAGAGUGUGGAGGACCUGCACCAAGGGUGCUCAGCCUUGAUGACUAUUUCAUCACUGAAGUAGAAAAGGAAGAGAGAGACCCAGAUACAGGGAAAAAAGUAAAAAAGAAGGUGAUGGAAUAUGAAUAUGAAGCUGAUAUGGAAGAGACUUACCGUACCAGCAUGUUUAAAACUUUCAAAAAGACACUGGAUGAUGGCUUCUUCCCCUUCAUUAUCCUUGAUGCUAUCAAUGACAGAGUGAGGCAUUUUGAGCAGUUUUGGAGUGCAGCAAAAACCAAGGGUUUUGAGGUGUACUUGGCUGAAAUGAGUGCAGAUAACCAGACCUGUUCCAAGAGGAAUAUUCAUGGACGCAAGCUAAAGGACAUCAGCAGGAUGUCUGAUCACUGGGAGGCAGCACCACGUCAUAUGAUGCGCCUGGACAUUCGUUCUCUGUUGCAAGAUGCUGCAAUUGAGGAGGUGGAGAUGGAGGAUUUUGAUGCAAAUAUUGAAGACCAGAAAGAAGAAGCCAAAAAGGAUACAACUGAGGAAGAAGAGAGUGAACUGGGUUACAUUCCGAAAAGCAAAUGGGAGAUGGACACUUCUGAGGCAAAGCUAGCGGAAGAAGCCACUUAAUGCUUGCAAAGACACGGCUACUCAGUAAUGUACUGAGUAAAGGCAACUGAGCUGGCACCAGAAGACUUGUUGAGAGAAGAGCUGAGAGAUGGUGAACUGAGUUUUGCAAACUGCUCAACUAUCAAAAUCCAGUGUGUUGUGGGGACUCUGUCAGGGCCAGUGAACACUCAGGACUCACUUCUGGAACAUCACAUGCUGUUUUCAGGUGAUGUCAGUGCCAUGCUCACACAGAAUGCUUCCCAAGCUGGAUCCAGCAUCACUUGCAAAGAGAGGAGCUGCUCUGCAAAGACUGCUGCUGCCAUUGGCUUCCAGACAAUAACAACUGCAGACAGCUCAGCUUGACAGCACUUGACCCUGUGACUGAUGCAGCAGGGCAUGCAGUUGUUCUGGGGGAGAAGGAAGACCUCACAAUGGUAACAGGCAGGAUACUGACUGAGGCCUUCAUGUUCAAUAUUUGUUGAGAAACAGGUCUUCAGAACUGUAUUUGGGAUAGCCCCACAUCUGUCCUGGGCUCUGAUUCUUGACAGUCUUCCUUGUGGCUGCUCAGAAAUACUUCUCCGGAGAGAAUUCCCUCUGGAAUGAGGUGAUUCCUUCUAGAACUUGAAAUGCAGUGUCUUCCUAAGUAAACCCACCAUCCUCAAGGAUUUGGUUUUCAAACUGGGAUCCUAAUUCAAGCACAGAAAGCACUGCUGCCAGAAUCCUGAUUACAUGGCAGGACAGAAGAUGCUCACACACAUAACAUAGUUCUCCAGCUAAGUGCUGCCCUGCGGGUGAGUACAGUGUUGUCACUCCUUCACUUGCAAUUAAUGAUGAAAGCUCCAUGAUGUUCCUGAAACAGAGCAUUUGUCACCAAUCAAGCAUCCCUGCUUUGGCUUGGAAAGGCAAGAGCUACUCACCAGGAUGGUGUUCCCAGCUCCCUGGUGCUGCUCUGCUCGGUCCUGCUCACGUCCGAGCUGCCUGUUCUCAGUUUCAGCAGCUUUUUAUGCCAUUCAGGUGGCACUGUUGUUAGCCAGCCCCAGGUGUACAAGGGGCACUUUCUAGUGGUUCUUCUGGAGCACCUGCCUUUACCCAAAGUUUGGGGUGAACAAGUGAAAAGUACCAGAGCUCAGAGUGAGCUUCACAGUGCUGUGCUGGGGCACAGCCUUCAACAAAAGAAACACAACACACUGAGGAGCCCGACUGAGGCCACGUGCUGCCAAAGCUGAGAAGAUCAGCUGUUCUGCUGAGGCCACAGCCAUAGCCCGUGGCACUUCCCAACAUGAACGGUUUCAGUACUGCUUGCAGUGAUUGCUCACAGGAUUUGGGUGCUGUGUCUUUAAAAUCACGAUUUCUAAAGCAUCAUCUCUUUGUAACUGUAGCUGCCGUUCCUAAAGAUUUUAUUUAUUUAUUGUAAAAGAGCCUUUGGAAUCCACUGCCGGCCAUGGGGAUGCUAGUGGAUGUGCGGACACGUGGGGCUGGCCUCAUGUUUCCUUUGACCAAGAGCUCACUUUGUUUCCAAACCUUGUUUUCCAAGGGUAGUCCUCAUUUCCUUUUUCUUACUUACAGGCUGGGUGGCUAGAAAGGGAGAAUGAUGUCUUAGGCUGUGGGGUACACUGCCCUCCUUCUGAGAGCCUGGUGAGGGUUGGCCUUAUAGAAAGAGAGGGAUAUGUGUGUGUGCGGAUGCAUUUACAUUGUCAUUUACAUCUAACUUAGCCAGUUUUGUAAAGUCAUACAAAGUAUUUUUAAUGAUAUCUGUACUUUGCAUAAAGCUAUGAAUGACAUAUGA